CAAAUCCAAGAAAUCUCCCAGCCUUUGCCCAUGAAGAGUGAAGUCUGUCAGGUCCUGAACUUCACAUACUCCACACGGAGCACCUUACUUAGACCCAGCAUCAGUUGUAAUAACAGUAAAUGUGAAGACAAGACAAAAACACUUUGAACCUUUGGAGAGGAGAUGUACUAGGAACCUAGUGUGAUCCCCAGCAACUAGAAAUGAGAUCGCUAUUUCCUGCUGUCUCUGUUCGUUUAACUCAAGUCCCUUUGUGCUCAAGCUCCAUCCUGGCCAUUCCAUUUGAAGCUCAAAGUUUCUAUUUCUGAGAUGACCACAUCUCCCACAUCAUCACGAUUGUUGAAAGAUGCUGGGACUGCUACAUUGCUGAAGGUUGUCUCUGCCUUCCGUGGAAAAAAACACACGGUUUUGAAGCAAAGCCGGAUUCCGAUAAGGAGACAGGAUAAUGCUGACCAGAGCUCCUUAGAAGAUCUCUCCUACACCCUCAUCAAUCACAGCGUCCUCGGGAGAAGGUCAUCAGGGAUCUCUGGGGCAUACUAUGAGAACAUUUCCCCCAACACCAAGAGACCCAGGGAGUUCUUGAGAAGAACCGAGACUUCGUAUGCACUUCUCCAUGUGCCUUCGUCCCCAAGGCAUUUGCCCUCCCCAGAAGAUGAAUAUGAACUUCUCACUCCUGGUAAAAUCUCCUUCCACUCCCUGCGUCAGCCACAUCCACCUAUGUUACCUUCUGAGAUUCGGGUUUCUUGUUUAAAACGAAAUAGACCAGAACUUGUCUAAUUACCAGUAAAUAAAAGCUGGGGGUAUAGAGAUCUGGUUGAAGCAGGCAUGGGGCACAGAGCCCUUAAGGGGCACACGCACGGGCACACACACACACACACACACGCCACCCCUUUCUACAGGGAUCUCUGCAGAAUGUGGUUUACAAACCAUAGGGAUCCUUAGAUCCUACUCAAUAUUCAUCCUACAAAGACCAACCACUUAUCCUAAACACCACUCUUUGAGAAGGAAGUGGCCAUCUUUGAUUCCAAAUGGCUUUGGGAAUUGGCUGCUUUGCUCAGUGGUGGGAGGGGCUUCUUGGUCUUCUACAGCUGGGAGCAUCACAAAGAGUCUGCUCCUGUGUCCAGGUUCUUCUCAUAAAAUGUCUACAUAAUUACCUCCUGAAGUCACAAGGAAGCAUUACCCAUCAUACUAAGCAUGCCAGGGGGGUCUACUCAUUCCACACGUGGGCCCAACUCUUCACCUGGAGCCUUCAGGGGGCAGGGAGAGGAGGGGGAGGCUGGGUGCAUUCCUCUCACUCCAUACCACUCAGCGAUGGUCUUUGCAUAGUGUCCUUUGACUUGUUGGCCCUCAUGGCUUUGUCGGUUACAUGGCUUGAAUCAGUAAGUUCUAGGCCAGGUUUUUAUAUAAUUUUUAGUAUAAUUUUAAUACAUAUUUUAAACCUUGUAUUUCUCCCUAGAAAUAUCUUAAUAAGAAAAUCAUAGCAUUAGAGCAUGGUAGAGUAGAAAGACCUAUGGAGACACUCUAAUGCCACCAUCCCUUUUUUGCUCAGAGAGGAUAAGUAGGCCAAUGCAACUUUGCAAGUUACUGACAGAACUUUAUCCAGAGCCCGAUUUCCUGGCUCCCGAUUCCACACUCUUCCAACAUACUACAUAGAAGAGCCUCUAUUUAACUGUAUGGUGUAUAUGUGGAUUAAUUCAUAUGUCAUGUAUAAAAUAAUAAUAAAAUGUCUACAUGGGAAAAAUAACACCCCCACACACAUACCCCUUCUCCAAUGAGCCUUUCUCUGUAUGUUCUGAUUAUUUUUCCUAAUUUUUUUCUCAUUGUUCCUAGAAUUCUGUCUACUCCCUAAAACAGGGGUCAGUACACUGUGGCCCACAGGCCAAACCUGACCUAGUGCCUUUUUUUUUAAAUAAGUAAAUUGUUAUUGGAACACG